CUCACUCUGCGGUGGGUUGCAGAGGUUCGUCGAAAUAUCUAUCUCAUCUGCUUCACUCCCAUUUCCGGUUUUAAUUUCUCUCCUGGUUUAUGUUCCGGAGGAGUUGGGAUUUGUUCGCUGCUCUUGCUGCCUGAUUUAGGUAAUUUUGGAUGGUCAUGUUAAUGGUUGGGAUGAAAAUUUCAAGCUAUGUCACUCUCACGAAACCCAAUUUCCUGUUCGUGCAUUAUGAGUUGCCGGCUUCUGUGUUCCAAAAGCCGCAGUUGAUUUCUACACCGACUUUGUGCAUUUCUAGUCAUUGUAAGAGAAGGUGUGGAUUUGUGAUAAAGCUUCAUUCCUCAGUUGCUGCUGGCAGAACCCGUUCAUCUACUCGUACCGAGGUAUCUUUGUCUAAGGGAGAUAGAUUCGUAAAAGAGGAGAAACCAGUUGACCCUGCUUCAUUUUACACUCACCCCAGUUUAUUAGAAAUGAAGAAUGAAAGGAUUGCUAACCGGGCUCGUGUUUAUGAAUUUUUGAGGGGGAUUGGGAUUGUUCCUGAUGAGCUUGAUGGAUUAGAGCUCCCUGUCACAGUUGAAGUCAUGAGAGAACGAGUGGAUUUCCUUCAUAAGUUAGGACUCACAAUUGCAGAUAUCAACAAUUAUCCUCUUGUCCUUGGUUGCAGUGUGAAGAAAAACAUGGUUCCGGUGCUUGACUACCUUGGGAAAUUGGGUGUCAGGAAGUCCACUUUUACUGAAUUCUUGCGUCGGUACCCACAGGUCCUCCAUGCUAGUGUUGUGGUUGAUCUUGAGCCGGUUGUUAAAUAUCUUCAGGGCAUGGACAUCAAGCCUAAUGAUAUUCCUCGAGUCCUUGAAAAGUACCCAGAAGUUUUGGGAUUCAAACUUGAGGGCACAAUGAGUACUUCAGUUGCAUAUUUGGUUGGAAUUGGAGUAUCUAGACGUGAGAUAGGAGGGGUGCUGACGAGGUACCCAGAGAUACUGGGCAUGCGAGUAGGUCGGGUGAUCAAACCAUUUGUGGAGUACUUGGGAAGCUUGGGAAUUCCAUGUCAAGCUGCUGCAAGACUGAUUGAGAAACGGCCACACAUUCUUGGUUUUGGGCUUGCUGAGAAGGUGAAACCAAAUGUCAAAUUGCUUUUAGAAUACAAUGUUAGACAUACUUCACUUGCAGCUGUGAUUGCACAAUAUCCUGAAGUCAUAGGAAUUGACCUGGAAAUGAAGCUUCCAGGUCAACGGGACUUCCUCAAUUCCAUCAUAGGAUUGAGUCAUGAAGAUUUUGGGAGGGUCAUUGAGAAAAUGCCCCAAAUUGUCAGCCUGAGCAACAAAGCAAUUGUUACUCAUGUAGAUUUCUUAAUGGAAUGUGGAUUCUCUAUGGAACAAGUGAAUCGAAUGGUUGUGGGUUGUCCACAUUUGAUGGCCUUGAAUGUUGACAUUAUGAGACUCAGUUUUGAGUACUUCGAGACCACAAUGGCAAGGCCAUUGGAUGAUUUGGUGGCUUUCCCAGCUUACUUUACUUAUAGCCUUGAAUCUACCAUUAGACCAAGACACAAGAUGAUACAUCAGAAGGGGGUGAAAUGUUCUCUUGCUUGGCUUCUCAAUUGUUCAGAUGAGAAAUUUGAAGAGCGAAUGAGUUAUGACACUGUUGACAUGGAAGAGAUGAAUUCAGAUUCUUCCUUUGACAUGAAUAGCUUCAUGAAAUCCAGCAAUGAAGAGUCUGAUUCUGAAUAUGAAGAUGACAGUGAUGAUGACUAUGCAUAAAAUUGGUGAGGCUAGAGGAUUGCUAUCAAGACAAGUGGAAGCAUAUGAGGGAACUUUCCUCUGUGUAAAGUAGCCUUAGAUGCACUUUUCAGAUCCUGUGCCCAUUUUCAGCAUUAGGAAUUUUAUAGGGAUUGAUUGGACAAGUCUUCUAACAGGAAUGUUUAUUAAAAGAGGUAUGCUUGUUAAUUUGAUCCAGAAUUGUUUUGGCAGUGAUUUCACUUGGUCCAACUAUAAAAGAUCUGAUAGGCCUAUUAUGGUGCUUCCAUACUGAAAUGAGUUGAAAGACUGUUCAAUGGUGGCUACUUUUUAAUUUUAUGGAGGGAUGCAGAUAACAAGGGAAAAACUCAAGGCAGAAAGCUCUCACUGGUAUAAGUAGUUUAUUUUGUCAUACUUGUAUGCCACUGUGUCAUCCUUCCUAUAAUAUGCAUGUGUGUAUAAUAACAAAAUCUGCUCGCCAGUUGUUCUUGAUAUUUUUUGUGCUAACAGUUGUUCAUGAUAAAGAAUAGGUGAAUAGUAGAUCACUUCAUUUUUUGAAUGAUCAGUUAAGAAGGAAGAUAUGAACUAAAAUAUAGGAUGUUCUGUCGGAGAAAUGGCCUUGAGUGUUGAUAUGAAGGUAGCUUAACUGAUUUGUUAUUACAUUAGGACUAAAAAUAGGUUUAUACAUACAUUGCAUACGCAAGAGGUGAAUAAAAUAUAUUAUCCAUAUGGGGAAAAAAUAGUCCCAGAUUCUGAAUAUUGUUGAUCAAUCAAUUUAUGACAAUUCUCUUAAUGUAAUAUACGACGGUAUUUACAUGGAAACAGUUAGCGUGCCAAGAAUCUAGGUAAUAUUAUUGCCGAUUGUCGGCUGAGCAGAUCAGGUAAUUUCUCAUUUCAUUACGCCUUUGUACGGAUUUGUAGUUACCUUUAUGCUUCAAAUAAUGAGGAAAAAGGUCCUGGAAAGGAGAUUCUUGCUUGCUCUUGUCUGAGUAAAUUGGAUCAAUUGAUUUCUGUCCAUAAUCAGUUUUAGAUGUUUGAGUUCAAAUUACCAAGUUCUAAGGUCAUAUAUGCCUGAUACAUGUUGUAUCCAGCAAUACAUCAUCAUUUCAGUAUUUCUUGAUUUUAUUACUCCUAUAAUGAAAUUCUUUAAAUAAAGUCAGUUGCUAAUCCCUCCAUUCAUCCCAAUUAAACUAAUCCAAAUUAUCUCAUACAAGAAACUUGUAUGCCAAAUUAUCUAGUUGAUAUGUGCCUUCAGUCACUGUUGUCCUGAUUCAUGUUCUGAUCUUGCCCAAUAUAAAUUUUCAGUUGCUUUUAUAUCUCGGGAAAUUUUCGACUGUUUUAUU